GCCACGGGGAGCCGGGAGGGCGGCGUGCGACCUCGGCACUUCUCAGCGGGAGGCUGCGGCGCCGCGCGCGCGGGUGGGUGGGAACGUGGCGGACCUACGGGCGCCGCGGCGGGGGCGACAAAGCGCCAUGGCGCCUGCUGUAGCUACGGUAGCCGGUGCCCGUGCCGCGGCGAGGUGAGGGGCGCCUCUGCUCCCCAGCCGAGGAGGCCGCGGUAUGGCCGGGAUCAUUAAGAAGCAGAUCUUGAAGCACCUGUCCCGGUUCACCAAGAAUCUUUCCCCAGACAAGAUCAACUUGAGCACCCUGAAAGGGGAGGGUCAGUUGACCAAUCUGGAGCUAGAUGAAGAGGUUCUGCAGAAUGUGCUGGAACUGCCUACCUGGCUGGCCAUUACCAGGGUCUACUGCAACAGGGCCUCCAUCCGGAUCCAGUGGACCAAGUUGAAGACACAUCCAAUUUGCUUGUGUCUAGAUAAGGUGGAGGUGGAGAUGCAGACCUGUGAGGACCCUCGCCCCCCAAACGGACAGUCUCCCAUUGCCCUUGCUUCGGGACAGAGUGAGUAUGGCUUUGCUGAGAAGGUGGUGGAGGGGAUGUUUAUCAUUGUCAAUUCCAUCACCAUCAAGAUCCACUCCAAGGCCUUCCAUGCUUCUUUUGAACUGUGGCAGCUCCAGGGCUAUAGUGUCAACCCCAACUGGCAGCAGAGUGACCUGCGUCUGACCCGCAUCACCGAUCCCCGUCGAGGAGAGGUUUUAACAUUUAAGGAAAUAACUUGGCAGACACUUCGAAUUGAGGCAGAUGCCACAGAUAAUGGGGAUCAGGACCCAGUUACCACUCCACUGAGGCUCAUUACCAACCAAGGCCGGAUCCAAAUAGCCCUUAAGAGAAGAACCAAAGAUUGCAAUGUGGUUGCCUCCAAGUUGACGUUCCUGCUGGAUGACCUGCUCUGGGUGCUGACUGACUCACAGCUCAAGGCGAUGAUGAAGUAUGCCGAGUCGCUGAGUGAGGCCAUGGAGAAGUCAGCCCAGCAGAGGAAGAGCCUGGCUCCUGAGCCUGUGCAGCUCACUCCACCUGCUCCCAGUGCCCAGCAGACCUGGGCCCAGGCAUUCAGUGGGAGCCAGGGCAACAGCAAUAGCAACAGUAGCAGCAGCCGCCUCAGCCAGUACUUCGAGAGGUUCGACGUGAAGGAAUCUUCCUACCAUCUCCUCAUCUCCCGCCUGGACCUGCACAUCUGUGACGACAGCCCGUCCCGGGAGCCAGGUGUCUCUGCAAACAGACUCACGGGUGGUGCCAUGCAGCUUACCUUCCGCAAGAUGGCAUUUGACUACUACCCCUUCCACUGGGCAGGUGACAGCUGUAAACAUUGGGUGCGUCACUGUGAGGCCAUGGAGACCCGAGGCCACUGGGCCCAGAAACUGGUGACGGAGUUCCAGAGUAAGAUGGAGAAGUGGUAUGAGGAGAGCAGUCUGAAGCCGCCCUGGCAUCUGGCUGUAGACUCUGCCUUCCGGAAGAAAGCAGAUUCUUUCUCUAGUCCAGGAAAGAGCCCUCUUGACAAAAGCCCUUCUCAGGGCUGGCAGGCUGCCUUUGGCCCUCCAGCGUGGAAUCGCUUACGCUCUAGCUGCCUGGUUGUACGAGUGGAUGACCUGGACAUCCACCAGGUUUCCACAGCCGGACAGCCAAGUAAGAAGCCAUCCACUCUGCUCUCCUGCAGCCGCAAACGCCACCACCUCCCGACUCAGGUGGCUGCUAUCCAUGUGCAGUUCACAGAGUAUUACUUCCCAGAUAACCAGGAGCUUCCAGUCCCUUGUCCUAAUCUCUACAUCCAGCUAAAUGGUCUGACAUUUACUGUGGAUCCCGUCAGCUUGCUGUGGGGAAACCUCUUCUGUCUAGAUUUAUACCGCAGCUUGGAGCAGUUCAAAGCUAUCUAUAAACUGGAAGAUUCAAGGCAAAAAGAUGAGCACUUGGACAUUCGAGUGGAUGCAUUCGGGAUGAAGGUGAGCUUCCCGCUGGAGAGGAGAGAGCAGGCACAACUGCACCGUCCCCAAGCACUUGUCUUCUCUGCGUCCAGCACGGUUGCCACCAACACCCGGCAUGCCCCGCACUGUAGCUGUCCGGACCUCCAGAGUCUCUUCCGGGGUUUUGCUGCUGCCGAGUUCUUUCGUUCUAGUUCCAGUCACUUCCCUAAGGUCCCAGGGGGCUUCAGCCUUCUGCACAUGCUCUUCCUGCACCAUGCUUUCCAGAUGGAUUCCCUCCCAGCUCAGCCUAGCUCCCUCCCUCCUCAGAGGCCUGCGGCCUCUCAGGAUCUUUGGUCUCUGCACUUCACCCAGAUCUCCUUGGACUUUGAAGGCACAGAGAACUUCAAAGGCCAUACCUUGAAUUUUGUGGCCCCUUUCCCCUUGUCCAUUUGGGCCUGCCUUCCUCUCCGUUGGCAGCAAGCCCAGGCACGGCGGCUCCUUUUGGCCUCAGAGGGGAGGCUAAAACCGUCAGCCAGCUUUGGCAGUCCUGUGCGGUCUGAAGCUCUAGCUCCUGAGUCUGUGUCCCAUCAGAGGUCGAAGACUGAACGAGACUUAAAAAGCCUGUCAGGAUUGACGGAAACCCCAGAGGUUCUGAGGGAAGGUGAUGCCGGUGUGGACUACAAAGGGCAUGUGGCGGAGCUGGAGGGUGUGGCGAAUGUUCAUAUGCUAGUACACUCCCCUGCCCACGUCCGAGUGAGGCUCGACCACUACCAGUACUUGGCUCUGCUUCGCCUCAAGGAGGUGCUUCAGGGGCUUCAGGAGCAGCUGACCAAGGAUACAGAGGCCAUGACUGGGUCUCCCCUGCAGGACCAGACAGCUUGCAUUGGUGUCCUCUUUCCCAGUGCUGAGGUGGCUCUCCUCAUGCCUCCUGCCCCUGGGACUGCUGAUGCUGACUCUGCAGGCUCGGAUACCACCAGCCUCAUAGACUCAGAGCUGUCUCAGUCAGAGGACCGGGAGCUGAAGUCUGGUGCCUCCUCAGACCAGGGCCCAGUGAGCCCUGAGAAAGUCCUGCAGGUCAGCAGUGCUGAAAACCUGGGUGCACCCCAGGAAAGGCUGCAUGAUGAUGGAGCACUCCAGGACUCUGGUCCCCUUGCUCAACAGCCAACAGGGAAAAGCCAUGAGGCAGUUGAGUCUCUGCAGGCCAAGAAGCUGAGCAGAGCUCAGACUGCCAGCUCAGCAGCUGCGUCGAUGUCCCCAGCUGACAGGGCUGCUGCUGUGAAUGGACAAGGGGAGUCCGUGCCCUUGAGGAACAUUGAGGGCGACUUGUCCAGUGCUAUUCACAUGACCAAGGAUGCCACAAAGGAGGCGCUCCAUGCCACCAUGGACCUCACCAAGGAAGCUGUGUCCCUGACUAGGGACGCCUUCAGUUUGGGCAGAGAUCGCAUGACCUCCACGAUGCACAGGAUGCUGUCCCUGCCUCCCACCAAGGAAGCCGUGGCCAAGACAGAUGAUGGGGUGGCAGCCCCAGUGAGUGGAGGUGCUGCGCGGCUCCGUUUCUUCUCCAUGAAGAGGACCGUCUCUCAGCAGUCGUUUGACGGUGUCUCGGUGGACAGCAGUGGCCCUGAAGACCGGAUCUCAGUAGACAGCGAUGGCAGCGACAGUUUUGUGAUGCUCCUGGAGUCCGAGUCUGGUCUGGAGUCUGUCCCACCAGCAUCUGUGACAAGUGUCUUGGAUGACACUGGUGUUCAAGGGAGCCCUGUUCUGGAUAACUGUGGCCAGGGGUUGCCAGAGACCAACAGCUCGGUGUCAGCCAGUGGUGACCUCGUCCUUCACUCGGUGUCAGUUUUGGUACUGAAGGUGAAUGAAGUGUCAUUUGGGAUUGAAGUUCGGGGUGAGGACCUGACAGUAGCCUUGCAAGCCGAAGAACUGGCCCUGCAGCAGCUGGGCACUGUGGGCCUCUGGCAGUUUCUCCAUGGACAGUGCCCAGGCACGAGCUUCCAGGAGUCCUCAAAUCGGAAGACUGGCCGCAUCAGGCCUGCUGUGGGCCUGCGCUUUGAGGUGGGGCCUGGUGCCUCUGUUCAUUCCCCAUUGGCCACACAAAAUGGCUUCCUGCGGUUCUUACUUCGGGGCUGUGACCUGGAGCUGUUCACCUCAGUGCUUAAUGGUCUGGGGCCUUUCUUGGAGGAUGAGGACGUCCCAGUGGUAGUCCCGAUGCAGCUUGAGCUCCUGAACUCCAGUGUUACCCUCAAGGAUGAUAUCCCUCCCAUCUAUCCAACGUCCCCUGGCCCUGUUCCCAUCACUUUGGCAGUGGAGCAUCUUGUGCUGAGACGGAGUGACGAAGGUGUCUUUCACCUUGGUGCGCCUGCUCAGGACAGACCACUGGAUGAAAUACCUGAGAAGCAGCAGCUCCCACAAGAACAGGUACUCCUGGUGCCCACAGGACAGGAUUUGGGACUGCAGGAGAAAGACUUGCCUACCCUACAGCAAGAACUUAUGGACACCAAACAAGCACUGGCCAGCGCCCACCAGGACAGAGAGAAACUUCUCCAGGAGAUUAGGAAGUACAACCCUCUCUUUGAGCUCUGAUAGCAGCUUACCCAUCUGUGCCAAGGAGAGAGGCUAUCACCAGCAACAGCACCACCUAGGACAGAGGUGCCGAGGAGCCAGCAGGGCCGGGAGGGAGCACCCUCGUGUGCUUCCUGCUGGCUGCUAGCCUGGGUGGAGGACAGUGGAGAGCAUGGCUGCAUCCAGGAACUGGGAUAGCUAUGUACCUGGCCCUGCACCAUAUCUUGCCAUUAUGUAGCCUUGUAGCCCUCUGCGUACUAGAGGAAUCUUCUCUACACUGUAGAGCAUCUCAUGUCCUGGUUUCAUGGCAGUGAUGUUUGCUUCCUUUAUGGUGUGUGUGAAUAAUAUCCAUCUGAGUCAUGUGCACAGCCACCAAAGAUCCCAUGUCCCAGUGCUUCCUCUGGCAUAUCUAAAAAGUCCUUGGCUUGAGUUUUGGAGUAGAUCAGGAAAUAGCCCAGCCUCAGGGGUUGGGUCAGAGGAGGCCUGAGCUGAGGGAGCAGUGGAAUGGGAGCUAGGCUCAUCCCAUCUUGGCGAUGUCUUCAUUGUGAAGCUGUGACUGACUCGGCCAGGUCGUGAUCCCCGACACAGCAGUUGUUAGAGUGCCCAGCUGAGGGCAUGCUGAGGUGGGGUACAGUUCUGCCUGCUCCCACAGCUGUACCUGACAGGCUUCUUUCUGCACUAGGAGUUCUGGUCACCUGCUUUCCCAGCACUAUGACUUUCUGCCUUUGCUACAUCAGCACUUGGUAGUUUGGGAGCUAAACAUGUGCUCUGACCUAGUCGCGAUGCCUCAGUGUGCUGCCCCACUUCCUGUUACUAUGGCUUUUUCAAAUCAUGCUAUUUCACCUUAUGUAAACGGUCCAGGUUUCCCCCUGGCACUGUGAGAGAGCUCCCUUUCCUUCUGAUGGUCAGAGUUCGGCUCUAUGCUGAGCUCCAGGUAGCGCUGGCCGAGCAGAAGCAUCACUAACUCUCCUGUGUGGGGAGAUGGUCACUUGUGAUGCCUGGGGUUGAGGGCAGGGGAGGAAAAGCACCACCCUGUGCGUUCCGAGGGUAAAGGAAAACACUUAGGAACGAGGUUGCAUUUGUUUAGACUUGUAGGACUCAGUCAUGUUCUUCACUGAGGCAAAUUUCCAGACACAGUUCUUGCAGGAUUGUGGUUUGUUACACUUAGGAGACACAUUGCAGACUUGGGAACAUCUUCUGGAGACAUUGUUAGCAGUGAAGUUUCCUUGUUUCAGAUGUUUAUAAAUGACCAAGGACUUUAAAUGCCAUUAAGUGGUGCUGCUUCUAGACAGUGAAAAGCAGACCAGAAGAGAGAAACCCAGCCAUAGAAAAGUCCCGGUGAGCAGAGUUAUGAGAGUGAAACAUGACGCACAGGGAGGGAUGCGUGGCACACGUGUGUGACCGGACUCCCCCUGGCAUUACAAACACUACAGAAUUAAAGAUGGUGUACAUCUGAACUACUACUCCUACGGAAACGACUCAGGAAAGAAUCGAGAGCCUUGCUGAGGGAAGAGGGGCCGCUGUGAUGCUGUGCCUGGCUGCGUUCCCAACAUCAUUAGGACAGUGCUGCCACCGACAAGAGCCCUGGCUCAUGUAGAGCUGUGGGGCGACUUCAACCAUUGGGCAUGUCUACUGGCUUUAUUUAUCUAGAGCACAGAGAAGGGAAUGGAUGGUCAGAGAACAGGGAGAGCAGUCGGGGGUGUGCCUUGGAAAGUUGAGGGGAGCAGGUGACCACACACUUGGUCAAGAGUAGGGGAACCUAAUCUGGAAACAUUGUCUCUAGGGCUCUGUCACUGCCUCAGGGAGAAGAAAGCACUUUUAGUCAAGUUAGAAGCUUGAAGAGCUUGUCCGUGUUUCUAAGAUUUGUAGAGGGAAAGCAGGAGCCAGUAACUAGGAAAUAGAACCAUCUAACGUCAGGGUCGCUUGAAGUUCACAGUCACAUCCUCAUCCCUCUGGCAUCUCUCCAGGAGACAAUGUCUAACCCUUGGUGUGCUUUUCCCUCAGGCUUGCAGUAGAAACACAUUGUGUGGAGGAUAAUGCCUUAAUGGCCAGAAUAUCAUGAUUUGGAGCUGAGGGGUUUUGGGGUUCUUGUCCAUGUGAAAAUGGAGUUUUAGUUUAUGUGAUAUAGGUUUGGCCUUUGUGUCUACAAGUCAUCCCUGAAGAAACAUGAUAAAACUGUUAUUCCGUGGGUUUUCAAUUAUGUCACUUUUUGUAAUUCCAUUCCCCUGUGCACUGACUCAUGAGCCGUGAAAUGGCUGUGUGAAUCCUUGGGGUAAGGGUAGAAGACUGAAGCUCUGCUGUGAAGUUGCCGUUUGUAACAUGAAGUAAUACCUCAAGAGAACUUUUGGAGAGACAGCACCACUGUCCCUCCGAGACUCCAGCCACUGCACAUCAUCCUCUCAGCUGUAAAGCACUUGGCGCAGCUGUGUCACCUGGGAUUGUCUAGAUGUCCUGUUUACAUGCAUGUACUGGGAAUAUGCCUUUGUGUGUGUGCACUAGAGCUGAGUCCUCUAACUGGGCUGCAGAGAUGGCCAUCAAUGUCUACUUCACUGGAAUGACUAACGGAAUCUAUAAUGGAAAGCCAACAUAGGUUCUCUCCCCGUGUAUUCUGUGUGUGUAUUUCCUCUGACCCUUACUGUGCCGUGGGCUGUAAUCUCCAUGUUUCUGUACUCUGAAGGAAUGGUACCUGUGUGUGAACUAGAAAAAGAUGAGACCUCAUCUCACAGAUGCUGUGACUCAAAGAGAUGGAACACUGCAAGGAGUUCUCCUGGGUAGGAACUUCUAGAUUUCUAACAUCAGCGACUCAGGCCACAGAGGUGAAAACAGCUGUUUACUACCCAAGCUAGGGGAGUAACAUCUGGUCGAGAGCCAUGGCAGAUGUGACUUAAGUGACUGACUCUUGGAGUUUCAGAGGCCACACACAGUCCUUAAGGAGACUUAGGGCCUUGCCUAGGUGCCACCACAUCUUCUGCCAGGCCUUUCCAUUUCCCCAGUGUAGCUAUGAAGAAUGAAGAGGCAUUUCGCCCCAUGGCACAGGGAAGUAACAGUGAGACCUUUCUAAGUGGCCAGACUUGAUAUCGGCGCUUCCUGUCCUGCUAUUAUGUUCCUGCCUUAUCCAUUAUCCUUUAUCAAAACAGGAGUAGUUCCUACGUGUUAAGAAUUUCCUAUUGGAGUUGAGAGGGAAAAUCUUUGUUGUCAGUUUACUAGUUUUUGGUCAAGAUUUAGCCUGAGUCUUACAGCAUUCUUUGUGGAGUGCUCCACUGAAGUGUCUUCUGCUUUGGCUAAGCCAAUGAGUUUCAAUGUAAGCCACUAAAAGUCAGAUCUGUCCAAUUACAUGAGUCUGAGCUGUUUCCCUAACUCAGGGUGCUACAAACAAAAGACUUGCCCAGGAAAGCUUCAGAAGAGAACCACUUCCAACCCUUCCUGUGACACUCCGAAGUGGAGGGGAAGCAGGUCAGUGGAUUGCCAAUUCUAUCAGGUAGCCUUACUACUGCUAAUCACUGUCAAUAAAACGUCACUUCAUUCUCUGAGGAAAGCAGUGAGAAUGUAUACAAUGAACUGGAAUCCUAGUCAGUAUUGGGAGAUUCUUACGUUGCAAUAUCUGAUCAAACCCUGAGUGUACUGGUUCUGUGAACCACCUGAAAAGCAAAUUAAAAACUGUUAAGUGGCA